GGGAGGGCUGGAUAAAAGGCCCGGCGAGGCGAGGAUGGUUGUGGAUACGCUAUAGAGUGGGGGACGCGCGGUGACAGCUGUAGUAGCCAAGGAGCUUGAAGGAUCUGCUGGCCUAUUAUGGAGUUUCCAGACUUGGGCAAGCAUUGUUCAGAAAAAACUUGCAAACAGCUGGAUUUCCUUCCUUUAAAAUGUGAUGCAUGUAAGGAAGUUUUCUGUAAAGAUCACAUCACGUAUGACCAACACAAAUGUACCUCUUCAUAUAAGAAGGAUGUGCAGGUUCCAGUAUGUCCUUUAUGUAACACUCCCAUCCCAGUGAAAGGAGAGAUGCCAGACAUUGUAGUUGGAGCACACAUGGACAGGGACUGCAAAUAUGAUCCUACUCAGCAGAAACAGAGGAUUUUCACAAACAAGUGCUUAAAAGAAGGCUGCAAAAGGAAAGAGAUGAUGAAGCUUGUUUGUAACCAAUGCCAUGGAAACUUCUGUAUAAAACAUCGGCAUCCUCUGGAUCAUGACUGCAAAGGGGCAGGUCGCUCCAUCUCCAAAGCUGGAUCUGCAGCUAUAAUGAGAGCAUCUGAAUCUAACUUCAGGCCAGCUGGAUCAAACAAGAGGUCUUCUAACUGGUAUCUUCAGCGCAACAGAUGCUGAUGAGUGGAGGCAGUCCUAAUGGCUGGAUGAAAUUCUCCUUUAAACUAAUGUAAAUUUAUUGUCUCAAGCAUGUGCAUAUUUUUCUACAGUACAAAUAAACUAUAAAUUUUAUCUUAAUCUCUUCCAAUAAAUUGCUUUUCCUUUUUG